CAUGGCGUCGUGCGUAGUUUUCCACGUGUAGUCGCGUUCUGUUAGUGCUGUGUACGGGUUCUGUGGUAGUGAACGGCAGUGGCUAGCUUCCUGAGCUAUUGAAUUGUGAUCUGACACGUGAAGAAGUGGUGUGCAACGCUGAGAUAACGCCCCAGGUGUAGCAACCGCGAUGAAGAAACGUCUCUUCGUCGGCAACCUCGGUUCUGCAGUGACUGACAGCGAACUUCGGGAGAAAUUCGCCAGGUUCGGCGAUGUCGAAAAUGUCGAGCUGCAUACCAAGAAGGAUGAGUCGGGAAGGCCUUUCAAGACUUUCGCUUACCUCGACUUAAACAUCGAUCAAGAGAACCUCGUGAACUGCAUCAAAACUUACAAUAACACCAAAUGGAAAGGCAGUGCCAUAGUUGUUCAAGUAGCCAAGGAAAGCUACAUUCAAAGGAUUCAGCGUGAAGCCAAGGCUCGUUCUGCCCAGGACACAGAAAAAGCGCCCUAUGAUUCUGCCGAGCCAGCCCCUCUCAGAAGACCUGCUGAGAUUAAGAUUAAGAAGCCUGAUUGGACGGAGAGAUCUGCACAUUUCAGGCCAGAAAAGUCUGACUGGUCAGGCAGAACUUCGGGGCGGCUAGAAAAUGAAACCUACGACGAGUCUGAAGGGGGCUUGUUGCAAGAGGGCCGGGCAUCACGAACACCCACCAUGCGACAAAAGAUAACCAAAGGCGAGUUUGCCGAUGAGAAAGCCUUUCUUUUUGAUGACGAGGAGCAACCCAGCAAUGACAAGCCUGUGCCACAGUGUAAGGCAGAUGUCGCCCUCCUGCGUCAUGCCUGGGGUUACCGCCUGGGUGCAGGCUUUGACAAAGGCCACGGUGGUGGAGACGACGAUGACUUUGGGCGCCUGGGUGCAGGCUUUGACAAAGGCCACGGUGGUGGAGACGACGAUGACUUUGAGGUGGUCCCCAGCAAAGAUCCCGAGAAGGAGCAAGAAGCCAAGCGACAGGCAGCCAAUGCCAAGCGUCUGGCAUCGGUCAAGCAGCGCUUUGCCGAGAGCGACAUGCAGCGGCGGCUACUCCGAUCGGCACUGACAUCUGUGGAUAACUCAGACCGCAAGCGACACAUCGUGUUCAACGACAGUGAUGAAGAAGAAGCCGUUGUGACACCCUCUGUCAAGGCGUCUGCGACCACACAGUCGAAGCUGACCCUUUUCGAUGAUGAGGAAGAAGAGCAAGGUGAUGAGGAAAGUCCAGACUACAACUUCAGGCUAAGGCCACAGUUCGAGGGCCACAAAGGUCACAAGAUACUGGAGCUGCAGUCCAAGUUUGGCACGGACGAACGAUUCCGCAUGAGUGAAAAUUUCUUGGAAAGCGAUGACGAAGAGUCUGGUGGUGUCCAAGGGGAUGAAGCUGCCGCAGAUGAUGAUUCCCUAGACCCCAGAAAAGAGCGUGAGCGUAACUUGGACAUUCUCCAGGAUGUCUUGGGGCCAGUGGCACCCAAGAUACGCCCUAAGGCCAUCUUCAGGGAUACUACACAGCUACGUUUUGACCCAACUAAGGAGAGUUCUUCCAAGUUUGAGAUCAAGCCAGAAUCCAAGGCGUCGAAAAGAAAGAAAAUGCGCACAGAGGAAGAGAGUGCUGCAGCUGUGCCGCAGGUGUCUGGUGAGCAAUUCUACGAAGUGACCUCUGACCUGCAGGAUGCCCUGAAAAACCGGUCGUCAGGGUUCAGCCUUUCCCAGAUGUUCGCCGAACAGCUGCAAGAUGACGACAUGCAAGGGGAACCCUUCGGCAGCAGCAGUAGCAGUGAGGCUUCGGAUGAUGAGCAGACCAAAUAUCGCAGCCGUGUCCAGGAGGUGAAAGGCAAAAAGUCUGGGCUCCAAGAUUUCUUUCGCGCAGACAAUGACACCGGCGAGCCUGCAGAUGCCCUUCCUUCUGCAGCACCUGACGGGACAGGCGAUGAUGAAGGUCCUAUGAGUGACGUGUUUCGAAGAAUGGACGACCACCGCUUUGCCACCGUUGUGGACCGGCCUCUGUUUUUCUUUGUGCCUGGUGAUCGCCGCCUUCUUGAAGGAGCCAAGUUCUUUAGGUGCCAGAGCGAUCCAGAGACUAUAAGGAACAACUUCUUUAAUAACAAGGUCGCCCUCGUCAAGCUUUUGCUGUCCAAACGCAAGAUGGCAAAGAGGGCACUCGAAAGAAAGCUGGGCAAGAAGGCUGGCAGCCAGCAAUGGAGGCUGGGAAAGCUCAAGAAAAAAUGAAGUGUAAUAAAGUAAGCAAACUGCA